AAAAUAUUGAAAAAUUAAAUUAUGAAUAUGAAAUAAAAAGAAGAAGAAAAAGAAAAGGGGUGUUGUCAAAUUUUAGUAGUUAAUACAGAGAGAGAGAGAGAGGCAUAUGCCCACCAUUAACACUUGUCUCUCAAUCUACACCCUUCUUUCACAACCCGUCGCAAAGCUCUUCUUUGUUGUUGUUGUUGGUGGUGGUGGUGGUGGUGGUGGUGGUGGUGGUGGUAAGAGUGAGUGAGUUUUCUAGACAGAGAAAGUGAAAAGAAGUAAAGGACCCAAGGCCAAGGAAGGUAGAGAGAGAAAGAGAAUUUUAUUUGUUUUCUUCCAGAUGCACUUUCAAUGGGGAAAAAUGAGGACCCAAAUCUGCAGCAAAGGGAGCAGAGUCUUGAAUCAGGGAACAAUCAAGGGCAUCCGGGAUUCUUGUGUGGGAGAUGUUGGAUGGUUUUGUCAAGGCUUUCGAAUGAGUUCAGUUUCAGAUGUGUUUUUGUUUUGUUUCUCAGUUUGUCGAUUGCGUUGCCUGGGAUUUUCUGGAUCCUUCCUUUUCGCUCUAUAAACUAUGGGUUUGAUGCUAAGCAAGCUGUUAAGCUCAGUGCCUCGGUUCAUGCGUACUUUACACUUCAGAAACCAGUUUCAGAGCUCGUUCAACAUAUGGAAAAGUUAAGAUAUGAUAUCUAUGAUGAAAUAGGUGUGCCGGCCACUAAGGUGGCCAUCUUAUCCAUGCACCGGUUGGGUGCAUCUAACUCUACUUAUGUGGUGUUUGGUGUUCUUUCUGAUCCCAUAAAUAGUCCAAUAAACCCAGUAUCCCUUAGCGUGCUGAGAUCAUCUUUAAUUGAGCUGUUCCUUCAGCAAUCCAAUCUGACUUUGACUACUUCAAUUUUUGGGCAGCCUUCUGAUUUUGAGAUUUUGAAGUUUCCUGGGGGCAUCACUGUAAUCCCUACACAACCUGCUUUCAUCUGGCAGAUAACCCAGAUUCUAUUUAAUUUUACUCUGAAUAAUUCAAUAGCUGAAAUACAGGAAAACUUCAUUGAGUUAAAGGAUCAGCUGAAAUAUGGAUUGCUUCUGACCUCUUAUGAGAAUUUGUUUUUGCAAUUAACAAAUGAAAAUGGGUCCACAAUAUCCUCCCCAGUCAUAGUUCAGGCCUCAGUGACGUCAUCUGAUUUUGGUGACCUUCUGCCUCAGAGAUUAAAGCAGUUGGCUCAAACCAUCACAGAGUCUCCAGCAAAGAAUCUUGGUCUUAAUAACUCAGUCUUUGGUAAAGUUAAAAGCAUUAGCUUAUCAUCUUAUCUGAAGGGUACACUUCAUGCUGCCCCUCCCACUCCAUCGCCGGCUCCAUCUCCAGGGCCAUCAAUAUCCCCAUAUCCUACUUUUUCACCAACUCACUCUCCAGCAUCAUCACCCAAGAGUUUUCAUCUUCCACCUUGCCCUAAGUGCAAAGCUCCUUCUCCAUCUGAUCAUAGUCCCCUUCAUUCACCAGGUCCUGGAAUUGGUCACUACCCUUCUUUUCCUCCUCCAAUUUCUCCUGCACCAUCUAGUGCAGCCCCUCUCCCCUGUCCAUACUCUCGUCCUGCAGUUCCACCAAGCUCUUCACCAAGAUCUCAUUCUAACCUAAUUCCUAACUACCCACCUGUAAUGAGUCCCCGGUCACAGUUGUCCCCUGAUCAACCACCAUUACCUUCAGUGUCUUAUGGGUCUCGUCCAGGCCAGGGUAUGGACAGUACGAAAGACCCAGUUUCUGCACCACUUGCUCAGUCUCCAUCAGCACAACCUCCAUCAUCAUUAGAGCUUCAUUCAAAAAAAUGCUCUCUUACCUAGAUGUUCAAGUGCAAAGCUAAAGCAGUAAGUGUUCUUCCCAAGGAAUUCUGGUUAUUGGGAUUUUUAGGAGUCUUGAUCUGCCAUCUCCUUUUAUGAUUGACUUGAUUCAUUUUGUGCCAUACCAUCCAAAGUUCCAAGACAUCCAAACGACUAUGGUAGAUGAUGUUCAUUUCCAAAUUUUGAUAUGGCAGGGAUGGUAGAAGCACCUGUGAAAAGUUUCCAGGUUUUUCCUUUUCCUUCAGGCAAGCAAUGUACAUGUAAUUGAGAUAGAAGAUGAACUGAUGGUCAAAGCCAGAAAAUCGGCAGGCCACUCAUCUUACUCCGAAUGUUUACCAUGUUAUGACAAAAAACAGAGGAUGUUUUUCCAAAGGGAACAACUCCUAGAGAUGGGGUGACUACUUAAGAAGCAGGCAUCACCUCGUUAGUAUCAAGAAGAACCUUCUCUUAUAUUGAUUCAAGUGUAAAGAAUAUGCUGGUUCUGUUUGAGCAACUAAAACGUCAUGUGGAAAUAUGUAAAAACUAGUGUCUUAUGAUACUGAAGGAAAGAUAAAAAAAGAGUAUAUAUAUAUUUUUAUGAUUUCAGCAUGUUGAAUAGCUUUCUC